UUUUGACGCGAGGUAAGGAAAACUUCCAAAAUUUUUUUAUGUGCAGUGAGGGACAUUUUUGUUCCCUUUAGGUCAGGUGAACCGAAGUUCAAAAUUUUUUUUAAGGAUGGUGAUGGGAGGCCAAAAUCAUUUGAGUUGAGGUGAAAAUUUUUCUCCUGGAAAACUGAGGUGAUAGCAAAGCUUCUGAGAAACGCCCACCUCUGCCUGCAUGCAAAUGGUGAUCGAUAUUUGUUUUUGUGAGUACUAUUGGUUCGCUGCCCAUUUGUCUAGAUGCAGCUGACAGUCGUGCUCAGGAGUCAAGCUUCGGAAAAUCCAGGCACACCGGUGCCUCUUGCAACAAGGCAGUGCCACUGAUGCGGCGCUCGGGGACGAAUUUGAGGAUGCCAUUAGCCUCCCUACCUGCAAAUCAGUGCAAGGCCACCACAGCCACAGGUUUUUCUUCAGAUUUCUGUGCAGCAAAUCAACACCGUGACCUGAAUCAACAUCGUUACCCUGUUGAUGAGCUGGAGCAUAGUGGAUCCGAAUGGCAGAGGGCAGGUCCAUUCAGGGGAAGCUGUGGAUCAACUAGCUCGGGUGAACGCUUCUCGCCCCUACCUUCAAUUUCAAGUACCCGAAGAACUGAGGAGCCUGCAAUGGCAUCAGAGUUUGAGAAGAAAGUGCUGCGCUCGUUGAACGUCAUCCAGCUACGUCUGGCUGAGCACUCUGAGCAACUUGACGCAAUUGCUGAAUGCCUGCAGCAGCCUUGCUCUUCAGAUACAACCACGACCUUUGAGCAGUUGACAGAUGUUGAAUCAUUUUUGCACUUCGACGAUGAGCUGAAGACGUCACCAGAGAAGCGCGAGUCAUUGCGCAAGUUCAUGACAACACUGGGAGGCAACAACACCGGUGACAGAGUACGGCGGAUUCUCUACCAUCUCCUGUCAGACGAGGUCGCUGUGUGCUUUAAUUGGACUGGGACAGGGUCAAAGGAAAAGUUCCAAUCACUUCAGCUCACAGCUAUCAUGCUAAGUUCACUCACGACCCCACCGGCAGCUGCAACAGCAUCUGACAUCGAGAAAGUCACUCAAACAUGGCUAAGACAUGCGAACGAAAGGUUGCAGAAAAAGAAGAGUCACAGCGGCACCUCUGCUACCUGCUAAAUGCCUGCGAAAGUUGUUCUGAGAAUGUGAGCAAAUAACACUGCUCAUCGUCACCUAUCUUGUAAGCAGUUGUGAAAAACUGCACAACAUGGUGUUCCUUUGGUGAAUGUGUGACCCUCA